CCAAAGAAAAUAGGCGAAAAACCAGAUAGAUGGAUAUCCAACUUCUUCCCUUCAACUUCACUACUUCACUAUUUCUCGUAUCCAUCAUCUUUUUGUUUGUCAAGCGAUGGAAGAAAUCGAAUUCCCAUAAAAAGAACAAAACAUUACCUCCGACCCCAUGGAAACUGCCUUUGAUUGGAAACAUGCACCAGUUGGUGGGUUCUCCCCCGCAUCAUGCUCUAAGAAAGUUAAGUAAGAGAUAUGGUCCCAUCGUGCAUCUGCAACUUGGUGAAGUUUCCACGAUUGUCGUCUCAUCCCGUGAAACUGCUAAAAAUGUAUUGAAGGUUCAUGAUCCUGCUUGUGCGGAUAAGGGAGAAAAUUUAGGAGUAAAGAUUAUGUGGUAUGAUUAUGGUGAUAUCGCAUUUAGUCCAUAUAAUGAGCACUGGAGGCAAAUGCGUAAAAUAUGCAUACUGGAGCUAUUAAGCGCCAAAAACGUUAGGUCGUUCGGCUCCAUAAGGCUCGAUGAGACUUCACAACUUAUCGAAUAUAUUCAGUCAUGUUCAGGAGAACCCGUCAAUCUAACUAAGAAAAUAUCCUCACUUAUUAGUUCAAUUACAUGCAGAGCAGCGUUUGGUCAGGUUCUAAAAGAUAAAGACACUUUGAUCAUGUUCAUGAAGGAAGGACUAGCCCUCACGGGGGGCUUCGAAUUGGCUGAUUUUUUCCCCUCAUCGAAGUUACUCCAGGUCAUCAGUUGGAACAAAAACAGAUUGUGGAAGAUGCGUGGUAAACUUGAUUUAAUUCUUGACUCAAUGAUUAGCGAGCAUAAACGUAACUUAGCUACAAUGGGAAGGGGCAACGGGGAGUUGGGUGGGGAAGACAUAGUAGAUGUUCUACUCAGAUUACAACAAAGCGGGGAACUAGAUAUUCCAAUAACUAAUGAGAACAUCAAAGCAAUCAUUUUUGACUUGUUUUCAGCUGGAACUGAAACUUCAUCCACAACGAUAGAUUGGGCAAUGGCACAGAUGAUGAGAAAUCCACAUGUGAUGGCAAAGGCACAAGCUGAAGUAAGAAAAAUUGCUAGGGGAAAGGGGACAUUCGAAGAGAGUGAUGUCCAGUCACUCAAAUAUUUGAAGUUAGUAAUUAAGGAAACUUUACGGCUCAAUCCUCCAUUUCCAUUAUUUCCAAGAGCUUGCAGAGAAGAAUGUGAAGUUAAUGGAUAUACUAUACCCCUUAAAGCCAAAAUCUUGAUUAAUGUAUGGGCUUUGGGAAGAGAUCCAGAUUAUUGGGAUGAACCAGAAAGCUUUAAACCAGAGAGAUUUGAGAGCAAAUCUAUUGAUUUUUUGGGAAAUAACUUUGAAUUUAUUCCAUUUGGAGCAGGAAGAAGGAUUUGCCCUGGCAUGAAUUUUGGCUUAGCCAAUGUUGAGCUUCCUUUAGCUCUACUUCUUUACCACUUUAAUUGGAAACUUCCUAAAGGAAUGAACCCUGAUGAUCUAGAUAUGAGUGAAGGAGAAGGAAUAAGUGUACCAAGAAAAAAUAACCUUUACUUAAUUCCUACACCUUACGACCCUUCCAUUGAUGGUUAAUUAAUAUAUCAAAAGGAGGCCCUUGAUGCGAACGACCGUCAUAAAUGAAGAUACAAGUUUCGAUGUAUGCAUAUCAUAAUAGUCUGUAUAUUAACCAAUUGAAUAAUUUCUACUAGAAAAGUAGAGAAGUUUCAUUUCCUAUCCUGUAUUCUCUUUAUUAUGAUCAUCUUUAAUUCAUCCUUCUGUAAGAGAAUCGAUCUUUGGUAAGAUGUGCAAUCUCUUAGAUUAUAAAUUUCAUAGUUGUUAAAAGCAAGGUUAGUCCUCAAACUUUAUGCGGAAAUUCCGAAAGAUCUUUA